AUGUCUCAGCUGCCUUCGAGGUUCAUAUACGUGUAAGUGUUCCACAUCUCCUGGUGCCUUUUUGCACAUAAACUCGUACAUUCUUACCAAUAGAAGUCGCCAAAAGCUUCAUAUUUACGCAUUGCUUUCAUCCAGGUAGGCUGCGUGUAUUCUUCGUGUAAUUGCCUGUGUGAUUCACUCCCCUCCUCUCUUCUCUCUCCCUCUCUCUCUGUACUUAGGUGUUUACAUUUUCUGGUCCUCUACUUCCAGCUACAGGUACGUUUACUCCCACUUUCAACUCCUUUUAUUUUUGUGUUUGCAUGUCCCUGCGCUCCUUUGAGGCUGGUGAGAUGUGUGGAUUGUUUGCAGUGGCGGUCCUCGCAACGAACGCCGGGUUGAAAACAACACCAGGCCGACCUGUGUCAAAAUAAAACCAAAACUGCUAUUAAAAUCAGGUUAUAGAAACGUCACCGAAUUGACUGAGUGGAAGAGAUUCUAGUUAGAUUAUGCGCAAAAUUUUAAACCACCAAAUUUGCGCAUAAGAAUAAUCUGAUUUCUAAUUUUAAUCGCCCCAUCCUGCUGUGAUUUUAAGCGCAUAAUAUUCAAGUUGCGCACAAAUAACAAAUGUUGAAUAACUUGAGGCCACCACUCUGAUCAUUUAAGGUAAGGUUUUAAUGCGUAAAACCGCGUCUUUUUCCCACCGGACUUUUCCACUAAAAACCUCCUGCAAACAUUUCGUUUUCUCAUCAGCCAACCUGUUGUUUUUAAUUUGGAGUUCAAGUAGCAGUUUCCGUAUUUUACAACAGAAUCGUGUAAUAAAUAUUUUGAUCCCUGGGGUUAAAAAGCUGUUCUUUAAACAGCUGGGCUCGUUUGGCGCUUGUUGCCUGCCUUUUUAUUAGUUGCGUCUCACUUUGAACAGUAAUCAUUUGCAGACAUCCACUCACCUAAUUGCGCCGCUUUGAUUCAGAGAGGAUGCAGAGAGCAUGCACGCGCUCCCACUCUCAUAAAGCUGAUCUGAUCAAGUUAUUGGUAUGACGUGUUUGAUCCUAUGAAUUUCUCAGAGUUGUUAUAAUCUCACAUUUUUAGACCAAGAUUGCACCGUCAGGUUGCAGGUUUUCUGCCAGAAAAACUUCAAUAAAAUUAUGAAACUAUAAUAUUUGUAAAAGUAAACUGCGCCAACACAGGAAAACAUGACUUUUUGACCUUUUUGGAGGAAUAUAACCCAGUCUUUGUUGACAGUACUAUAAAUUAUUUUAAAUCUUGCACAACUCUUGAGUUCAUUUCUUGCUGUUUGGAGCACUUUGUUUACUGUCUCAAAAAAAAAAUCAAACCUUGAAGUGAUUUUUUUAAUCCAGAAUGGCUCAGAAUUAAAAUUCAUGCAAAAAUAUUUAAGAUUUUUAAAUCACAAACUAAGCUGGGUGUUAUGUAAGCCUGUUUUCUCUGAUUAUUCCGACAGAGCUGGCACAGACAGAGCUAUAGUGUGGACUGAUCAGAGCUCAGGAUGUGGUUCAUGUCGUUGCAGAGUGUGGCCCCACAGAUGUAUAAAAUGCACCAGCGAGCAAAAAGUGAAAUUAUUCUGCUCAAGUAGAAAUACAGUGAAUGAAAUGACUUUUCACUUCUGUGUGAGCGCGACUAAGAGUAUGUGAAUCUGCUCAAGUAACAGUAAAACGACUUCAUUUUACUGGAAGUUAUGUAGAAUUAUAUUUUCCCAAACUAGUUGUUCAAAUAAAACCAACAGCAUCAAGCAUGUGCAGGAAUUUUGAUGGUUAUUGAAUACUUUAGUCAUGGCUGGCUGUGCAGAGAGGCUUGUGCCAAAAAUAAGGACUCCAUUGAUUGUAAUGAGUAAAAAUGGCUGCAAUUGGUGAGUUUAUUGGAGGAAAAUGUAACAUUUUAUUCAAGGAGCUUAUCAAGAAAAAAAUCGGCUUGAAAAUUCUUGAAAUAAGAUUUAUAAUUGGAGUUGUUGGGUCAGUGUAGUGAGGUAUUAUGGGUAGAAAUGGGACAAAUUCAGAUAUCAUCCAAUCAGGCAAAAUGUAGUGAAGUUAAAGUCGAAGUACAGAUUUUAAUGACGACACGAAAACUACCCCUGAUGUUCAAACAUAUCUUGUAUUUCUUGCUAUUCCAUUGCCAUGGUUGUUUUUCGGUGAAGGCCAGACAAAGCAAACACUCUGUUUUUUUUUUGUUAGUUUUUUGAAUUCUUGCUGCCUGAUGAAAAACCUAAACUAAAAUAAAACCUGCUCCCCCUUUUUACAUCACGUUGUUCAUUCUGCUCCUCGGAGCUCUUACCUGCAGCUGACGGCUCCUACAUGUCAGUCUGUGAUUUCGUGAAGAAAGACAAGCACGGUUAAGAGUCAACUUUGACUGCACUGCCAACUUGUGAGAGUGUGUUUUUCUCUACUUGUGUGUGUGUGUGUGUGACCCCUUGUGUGUGUGUGUUUGUGUGGGGCAGAUAGCAAGGUGUAUCUUAGAUGGAUGCGACAACUAAGCUUCCUGGGUAAAGACGAGUGCCAGACUUUUGAAGUUUCAACCAUAUCCGUUUUCAUGCUGUGUCUUUGAAGAAAGGAGACAGCGUGAUAAAACACUGUUGUCGCUGGUGUUCACCUCAGCCAUGUGCUUAGGCUUGCCUUUCCCUUGACGCAAAAUGCAACUGUCUACCAAACACACCUUUAUGUUUGUUUAGAGAUGGGGAGAUUUGGGAUAAAUCCCGUAGCAGCCUGGUUAGGCUACGGUUUGUUGUGUGUUACUUUUUUCUUUCCUGUUCGUCAACUUUAUGGUUGAUCGUGAGAGAGAGCUGACAAUAAAUGAUUCUGAGGUUUAGUUUUUGGAGCAGUGCGUUAUGUUGUGUUUGAUUAUAAAUCUGCCAUUAAUCUUUAAUAUCAGAGCAGGAUGUGCUAAUUGGAAAAGCUGCUUCCCUUUUUUUAAAAGCAAUAUCCUCUGAAGGUACAAACUUUGUUUUAGUGUUUUUUAGUGUUUGAGAAGAGCAGAGAGCGCUUGUCAAUCAUACCUUAUGAAUCUGACACCCUGUUACAGAGAAUUAAGGUCCUGUAGGUGACUUUUUUUCCGGUGUUUGUUCAGCCGUUCUGGCUCCUGCUGCUCCUGCGAAAAGCUCAGAGGUACGGCUGAUCACGCUCCAGAGUUCGCUGGAUGUUUGAGCACCAAAUGUGAGGACUGGAAAUGGUCUGCUGUUGUUGUUGUCGCUCCUUGGUCUAGGUUUGUGUGUGCAUAUUUGUAGAAGAUAUAGAUACACGUGCAGCAUGCCACCUGACACCCCUGAUUUAGUACAAAAUUAAAUUAAUAUACAGCUUCAAAAUCACUUUGAGGAGACGGUUAGCCAGCUGUAGCUCACCGCAUGCAGCUUCCAAGUCUGAGAUGUAGUUGUUGCAGCUGUUAGGGCCUCAUCCGUGUCGUCCAUCCAAUGCUAAAGCGUCACCUAGGGAUGGGCGGUAAAUUAUCCUUCACGAUAUAUCUUAAGAAAAAUCCUCUGUGAGAAAUACGAUAAAUGCAAGUUGAUGACGUAAGAGUGUGCGACAGACUUGCAGCCAUAGUCCACACAGAGCAGAAUAACAAACAAACAAACAUGGCUGAAGGUGAUGAAGAAGACGUUUCUGAGCAGCUUGUUACUGAUGGAGGCUCCACAUGAGGGAUUUCCUUCAAGAUUUGGGAUUAGAUGAGCGCUAUCAGGUCUGCCUGACAUCAGACUGUGGAUCUGCUGCUGUUCACUCUGUUCAAUAAGAGUUUUGAACAAAUGUUGAAAAUGUUUUCACAUUUGAGAUUUGUUUGAUGUCAUUAGUUUUCUCCAUAACCUACCACUCAAACUUGUGGUCAAGUAUCUUAUUUGACGACUCCAACUGGUGUUCUCACGACAAAAUGAGUCAAAAAGUAUAAUAUUUUUUAUUGGGUCUUUUAUCGUUAUCGCCAGAAUGGCAAAUCUUAUCGUGAUCAAUAUUUUAGCCCAUAUCCCCCAUCCCUAGCAUCACCAGACGUGCAUAACGCACGAUUGAGUGAGUCGUCCCUCUGUUAUCUUCUCCAGAUCCACAACCUUUGCUAGCUCCUCUCUCUGGUUAUUGAUGGCAGCCGGUGCAUCCAUAACGCCACAACGCUCACCAAGCUAGCCCAAGAUGCCGUCUUAUGACCUUGGCUGUCGUUCUCCUCGGGUGGUGCGACAAUAAAUCUCUUUAAAUAGAGUCAGACUUACAUAAAUUAGUUGUCUGGUGCAGGAUUUUGACUGUGAAAUAAAGUAAGCAAUACAGAGUUUCAGAAAAACACUCUACUCCACUACUGCUCAUUAAAUCAACUCUUAAAUACUAAAGCAUCCAGAUCUUCAUUGAGUUUCUGGAGCUGCAGGAGUGUGACUAAUCUUUGCGGGUUAAGGAAAAGGUUUUGAAGGCCGUAAAAAGUGCUGGCCCGGGGGACAAGUUUGACUCGGUUGUCAUGGUCAUGCAGAUGUUUCAUGCAAGUUGUGUUGCAUGUUUGGAUAAGUGCUCCCAGUAAUUGUGUCCGGCAAUUAAAAACAAGCAGCCACUCUGGGAACUAUGGAGCGAGCGAAGGAGCCAAUUGAACCAUCACUGAUUUUGAUACCUUUAUUUGGAGACGAGAGGGAUUCGAUUCUGUGGGAUAAAUAGUGAUUGUGAGAAAAAAACGGCCAUCAGAAAAUUAGCCAGAGAGCAUUUUAGAGUCUUGUUGCAUUAGAGUCAAUAGAAACACAACAAAUUUGUAGCAUUCAAAUUCCAGCUUCUCGUGUUUUCACACUGUCUGACGCCAAAAGUAACAUGACGGGUGUGUUUCCUGGAUGUCAAGAUACAGAAGCCGUGUCCCACUUCAGGGACUCGAUCCUCCAAGGGCCACAUUUCUAGACUGAAUACGUCAUAUUGAGCCAACACGGGAUGCCUCUGUCAAAACUUGAGUCUGAUGCUGCAUCUUACAGUCUGAGGACACUUUAACGCUAUUAAAGGACCGCGUUUAGACUCACCUUUGGUCUGUUUUUGGAGGUUAGAUGUCACUUUUGUGUGAGAGUGUAAGUCCAACGUAAAGGAAUCAUCCGUGUGAAUUGGGGCUCAACCUGAAGGACAUCUGGUUCAUGAGAGGCAUUAAGAGUCCCCAUUAAAAUUUGCACUCUCAUUCACAGAUUUAUUUUUCCACUCUUGAGUUUAAGGAUUUGUUCUUACACGGCCACAAUUUCCCAUCAUGUUAUGCUACAUGCCAUUAAUUUAGCGAGGGUAGAAUAACAAGUACUCGGGGUAUGUAAUGUGUAUAUAAUUAGCCACCUGAGAACAGCCACAUAAAAAGCCAUUACUGUGCAAUUACCACACCAUACAGCUGGGGAAAUGGGAUCUUGGCGUGAAGCGAGAUUCCAGGGCUUCUGAAAGUAUAUGUUUCCUCGCGCUCUUCCACAUGGAGGCUUGACACGGUUCCUUCUCUGACAUGCCGUCAAGCGGCGGUGAUUUCCUCUGUUUUUAUGUCAGGUCUAAGGUGACUCAUAAGCACCGGGGGGAGUGGAUUCUCAAAGGUGGAUUUGGACAAUUUGAUCCCACAAGAGCGUUUUUUGUGGUUCGAGGUGCCUCUUGCCAUCUUUCAGUCUUGUCUUCCGCCUGCUGCGUUUCCUAAUUUAUGGACCUGGCUUCGCCUGCAGGCAGAUAUUUGUUUGAUGAUAGUGCAACAGGUCUGGAUGCUUCAGGUGUAUAAUUGCUAGUGGCUUGCUUGCUGGUGGAAAUGGGGUAAAGGUUUCUCAAUAUCGCCCAGGGCGCAUAGUAUACUGCUGUCUCAAUAGAAAGCUACAGAAGGCUGCACUAUACACUUUGCACUUGUUCUGUUGGAUUUCUACUCCAAUGGUGACUUCAUUAACACGUCUUCUAGCGUAGUUAUCACCUUGUAAAUGCGAUGCAUAUAAAAUGUGCCGGCUAAAGCGGGAAGAGAGACGUUGAAACGCCACAACCACAAUUCCUAGGCUCAGUUAUUCACCCCUGCAGCAGAAUUUUUUGACACGGGGCCCAUAAAAGCAACAGCACAAAUUACUAUAAAACACCUGUGCUGUGACGAUCUCUCACUGUCUGUCUUUCUCUUUCUCUUCUGUCUCUCUUUCUCUCCCUCUCUUCUGUCUCACACCUCGGCGCAGGAGUCCCAGCAGAGCUCCGCUGAUUUCAGAUUUUACAUCGAGAACCACACGAGGAACCCGGACGACCUGAGCCGGAAGCAGGUCCGGAUCUACCAGCUCUACAGCAGGACCACGGGGAAACACGUGCAGAUCCUGGGGAAGAAAAUCAACGCCAACGGAGAUGAUGGGGGCAAGUAUGGUAUGAGAGAACUCCUGUUCAUCUCACCUUCACACCUAGUAAGAAAUCACCGUACCAGACAGAUUUAGGUCCCUUUGGAGACUUCGGUCCGACUACCUCAGCUAACACUACCUGAGAUCCGGAGUUAGGAGGUGGUUUUUGCUGCUCUGUGUUUGCAAAGUUGAUGGUGACUUUUCAAUCCCACCAACUACAGGUUUGGAUUGAGGGAGAGAUUAUGAAAUAGCUGACCUGGCAAGGGAUGUUUACUGCAGCAUUUGUGCAUCCAGAGAAGGACUGUUUUUAGACGGUUUAAGGAGCAAUGGUGUGAAUGCAUAAUUGACUCCUAACUUCACAUUUCUGUUAAAUAUUCUGUAAGUUUUGACCUGGUAGAUUCACACUGCAGCGCUGUUAAACUUCAUUGUUGUUCCUCUGAUACUGUAUUUUGAAAAAGUGCCAUUUACCGUUGUCCUGAAUUGAAGUUACCCCUGCGUUCAAAGAGGUUAGAGACAGCUGUGUUAUAUUUCCUCCACCUCACUGUGUUUCGAAAUGCUUUUCGUCAUUGACCUGGGGAGCUGCUCUGAUUCAGCUUCGGUCGUAGUAAAAUCCAGAGCAUUAACGUCACCAAAAGCAUAUAAUUUUGCUCUUGGCUUUAACGUUUUCACACAAGUCAAUGCUUCUGUCGACCUUAAGUGUAUCUCUCUGCUUUCUGUAUGGACUUGUUCGCCACCUCAAAUCAAAACAACCCUUGCAGAUGGGUAAAUUGAUGGUCAGUGAAGCCGACUUUGAUGCAGUGGCACAAACAUAAGGCAGCAGGACUGGUGUUGUGCUCUCCUGCAGAUAUUUUGCUCAUAACAGCUGACUCACGGCUCGAAAAUUGCUGGUCUUGAAUGCCUCUGAGUGAGUGUGUUCAGUCGCAGAUGCGCCGAGGCGAAGUUUCCUCACUGCUUGUUAGAGCUUGAGUGGAAGCAGAUCCAAUUUUUCCCAUGAGGCCUUGCCAAUUCCACCCUCUGCCCCUCCCCUUCCCCGUCUACCUCCUCCUCCUCCCCAUCCAGCUGCAGUACCUGGCACCUGUGAACUCCUUUGCACUCACUAAUAAUAAUCAGGAAGAUAUUUUCUUUGCUCUAAUCUACUCUCAGUCGCUGCAGCUUCGUGGCGGAGCGAAACAAAGCGCCACAGAGGAAAUCUAUCGCUUCUGUGUGGAGCUUUAUGAUGCAUCAGCGCAGCAAAGUGCAGGCGUGAUUAUUCUUCUGAGGUAUUAAAGAAUCAAAUCCAUUACUACAAAGAGACUACAACAAUCCUUUCUCUGUAAUUGCAAAGCACAUUUGUCAUUUUUAAGAGACUGGGACAAUCCUUUCCAGAAGAAUCUACAGUAAAUGGUGCUUUUUGUCUCCUCGGAGCAAACGCUGGGUCAAUGUAAAGGCUUUUGAGCUGAUUAAUACAGCAAAGUGGAUUUGAAACAGUGAUUCAACGGUAAAUCUGCCCUGAGCCCCAUAUCAUUCAUUUUACAUCAUAUCAGAAUUUCACUUCCCGUCUUCACAUGGCAGAAAAACAUGCUCAGGAAUUAUAUCAUCAUGACAAAUGAGAAAACCUUACUUAAAAAACAAAGGUUACACUUUAGAGAACUAUUGCAUGACCAAAACCUCAAAUACAGUCAUUUUUGCAUCCAUCACACAAAUAAGAUUCGCUCAGAUCUUCCACCGUUAACUGGUGCUGUCUUCAGUCUUCAAUGUGAGCAGCAUCUUCAUGUUCCCUGUUUCCCCUCCUCCCUGAGCUGAACCGAAAGCUAGCUGUCGCUGUCCGGGAGCUGCAGCACUAUCAGCAUCUUCCUCCUCCUUCAUGGGCGUCACCUUCAGUGUUACAGAACUAUGUUGAGCUUGCAGAUACUUAUUUAAAUUCCAGUGUCAUAAUAUUCAAAUACGAGCGUUUGUCCUGCAGGCACGAGGUUUUAACAAAGUGAACACUUCCUGCUCUGCUGUUAGAGGAGCGAGUUAUGCAUGCACACUGACACACCUGCAGGUUUAUCCUCUGCUGGUUCCCAGCUACCUGUCAUGGUGGAGGAGGGAAACAGAAACACUCUAGGUAAUUGCUAUUGGAUCCUCUAGUGAUUGACUUUUCAGGUUAGAUGUCAGAACAAUUCAUAAACAAGAGGCUGGAAGUGGUUGGAAACAUAGACAACUUUACAGCUCUGUACCUGUCGUAAAGAUAAUUAGGGCUGAAACGAUUACUCGAGUACCCCGAUUACAAAUAAUAAUCGAGGAAUUUUCUCUGCCUUGAGAACUUGUUUAUAUUUUAUUCCACCUAGUUGUGAUAUCAGAUGGUUUUUUUCAUGGACUUUAUGUUUUACUUUGAAAUAGUAAAAGCAUGGCUGUUUCUUCAGCGGCUCCACUGACACCUACUCCCCUCACUUUGGUUUUAGGCAUUGAAUAUGACCUUAUUAUUGAUUACCAAUUAAUCAGCCAAUUUUUAAAAUUUUUAUGAAGUUAUAAAAAAUAGAAAUACUGUAGAUAUCUACAGUAUACUAUAUACUGUAGAUAUACUGUAGGCUACUGCUCUUCACGCCGACAGGAAGACUGACUGAUCAAACUCGGACCAGAAAAGCAUUUUCAACUACCCCCCCUCGCCGAUCAGUGCCUCCGCGUCUUAACUCACGUUACUCAUUUCCGGUCCGGUCUCAUCUGGAGACAUGCAGCUGCCUCAGGAAGAGAAGUAGCUCGAUCACGUCAUGUGUACUGUUGUCUAUUCUACCGUUACUGGCACGGCUAACAGUGUAGCAAGGCUAAUAGCAGGUGGCUAACUCAAACUUUAGCUUGCAUAUUACAUGGUACUUCACCGUUAACUCAGCGUGACUGCGACCAGCACAGCGGAGAGCAUGGUGAAGUGGGUUGAACUGAAACUUGUUGACUUAUUGUGUUUUUCACAAACUGGUUUAUUGACCGUUGAGGCGGACCACUCUCCUCUGUGCGUCCCUGAGCUGCCUGCUUCAGAUCUGUCACUCUGCUGUGCUGUGAGGUAAUAUUGUCAUGAGGUCGCUGCGCCAUCUACAGGAUAAGUCAGGGGAUCUUUUCAAAUUGCGGAAUAUUUUCGAAGUGAAACCGAAUCUUAUUCUCCGCAUUUUAUUUCUGAAAAUAUCGGCAAAAAUCUGCGAGUUUUGGCCGAUUACCGAUUAGUCUCAAACGGGCUAAAAUUGGCCCUAAUAAACACCUAAAACUCCUCAGAGGAGCUUUAAACUCCAGUCGGCUGUUUGAUUUAUAAUUACCACUACUGGCCACCAAAGCGCUGUGGAGCACAGGGAUUGUUUAAAAAAACAACAAUACCCUCAUUUUUCACUUGCUACCUCAAAGAUAUCUGCAAGUUAAUACCGUCACAAUCAAAUGAAAUCCCCCUGUUGGAUCUGUUUGGCCUCUUUUUUGUGGUUGUACCAUCAGCAGAGGAAAGUCUGUAACAUUCUUGCCCUCAGAAAGCCUCCGUUAGGUUAUUGCAGGGCCGUGUUGGGUUCAUACAUUUACAGAUAAAGAAAAAAUUCUGGUUUGGACGGGGUCACAGAUAAACGAUAACUUACAGUAGGUGGGAAAUAUUGUUUUAUCUGAUGUUCUGGACUGAGGCCUCAUUCUUGAGGUCAGCGCUUGGGUCCAAGUUUAGAGUGAGACGGCCAAAGACUCCUGAUUUGACUUGUGGAGAGUCUUUUUUUUAUCCACUGACACACACUCAAGUUUCCCAAUUAAAAGAAAUCCUCCAAAUCAGGGAACAGCUUUCUCCUACUUUUAAUAGUAACACCUUUAAGAUAGCUUUCCCUCUUCCCAGACUUCUCAGAGCUGGAUUUGAGGAGGAGGAGGAGAAGGAGGAGAAGGAGGAGGGGAGUUACUUCUGCCCUCCAGCCUGUCCCUUCCCCUUCGCCUAUUCUUCCCCUUCUCCCUUGAGCGCUACUGAAUGGCCCUGUGUGUUAAACAAAUGGAUCAUCUUAACUUUUUGAUUGAGUGAGCACAGACUAAAGGGAACUUGAAACCUAAUCCUGAGGGGCACAUAACCGCUCCACAAAUGUUUGGCAGAUCUCUUUGCUGGUCGAGGGGCGAACAGAGACAAAGGUGACCUCGCAGGGGUUAACAUUUAGGAAGAGGAGGAGGGGGGAAUGAAAGAGCCGCCGGGAUGUGUCUUGAGAGUGGAUUACUGCUGUGUCAGGUUGAAGUGUUGGCGUUGUUGUUUUGCCACAUAUAAAGAAAGAUCUGAACUCAAUUUACCUGCAUGAGAAUUCAAUUAUUUAACCUGGAGGACUGCCUUUUGUACAUUUUUGUGUUAAAUAACAUCAUCAAACAUUAUCUUUGUCCAUGCAUUAUCUUUAAUUUUUGUCAGAUUAAGUCAUGUUUGCUGAUUUUUAUGACCUGGAUCUUUGCACAUUUGCACAACAUUGCACAUUAGCUUCAUUAUUUGAUUGCAGAUUUCACCAAAAGAUAGUCUGCUGUAGCUUGAAUUGUGAAUCGGCUGUUCUGAAGCGCUGCAAAAAUCCACCUAUUCAUGCGAAGUUAACUUCAAAAUACUGUAAACAGCUUCAUUGGUGCAAAAUCAAUUUAUGAGGCUCAAUGCUGAAGAAAUUCUCAAAUGCCGAGCCUUCGCUUUGCACAGUUUCUCAGCAGACAUCGUAAACACACGAGGAAUUAUUAUUGAGGGAAAUUUGCAAGUCCACUUUAGAAAACACACAAGAUCUGUUUCAAUUUACCUUAGGUCGUAUUUUUGCCCCUAACAGAGUCCACUCUGCUUUUCUUUUUUCAGCUCUGCUCGUCGUCGAGACAGAAACCUUCGGGAGCCACAUUCGAAUAAAAGGAAAAGAGAGCGAGCAUUACAUCUGCAUGAACGAGAAGGGCAAAAUAGUCGGAAGGGUGAGUAUCUUAGCUUUUCGUUGUGAUUAAAGAAAGUGAUUGAAAAGCAAAAGUCAAACUGGCACCGUGUGAUAUCUAAAUGAAGAUUUCGAACGGAGCUCUUAAUCCGAACGCAGCCUCCGAUCUGCUUUCUCCUGCUGUUUUUGUACACCCUAACAAAACCCCUUUGAUAACUCACAGCCCUUCUUCCAUUACGUAAUCAGCCUGCUCCUUUGACACUCGAUCAGUCAAUUACGGACUGCAAUCACCACAAUGCAUUGAGAGACUAAUGGUCACUUAGGAGGAAUGCCAUUGCAAUUAUAUCACUUAGUCACACCAGGUGGCCAGAAGCGCGGGAUGACUGCAUGUGACUCUGCGGACGCCGGCUUCGAUAUGGAAAAGAAGUUAAUAUUUGAACAGGAACACUGUGGUGGGAGGCUCACGUGUGAUUUUGUUGCAUCAAUAACUCAUGCUGUCAGCAUCAGUGGGGCUGCAGUAAGUUUUCACUCCCUCAUCGUGGUCAUCUGUUAGAAACAUGCAUCCUGGAGUUUUAGUUGCGGGGGCCUCUUUUUCGUAACAAAUGUACUUUGACUUCCUCCUUCAGGAUUAUUUGGAAAAUCAGAUAAAAUGACUUUGGCUCUCAGUUUGCUCAUUGAUCAAAAUAAGUUGCGUUAUAAAUCCUCGAAGUUCCUCGUGUUGCUUGUUUUUAUUUUUCCAGCUUUUUCGCCGUGCUGUGUUCUUCUGUCGCAAAAAACCCAACCUUCUACUUUGGAUGAUCCACGGACCUCUCUACUUCAUACUUUUACUCACAGCUUAAAGGUACAUUACGUAGAAGUUUUAGCGGUCAGAGUCGAGACUGAAACGCUCCCCUGCUCACCCCUCCUGUUGGUGAAGCAACGGUGGCCUUUAAGGACAAAAAGACCCAGAGAUUCAAAACACACACAAUCCUCCAUUCGUCAAGUUUUCAGAGUUCAGAGAGGGAAAUUUGAUCUGCUGGAGGCAGUUCAAGAAAACAACAUAAACUGACAUUAAACAUCGAAGCAGAAAACAACCGACAGUUGAUUAAAAGUGAUCCGGAUGGUCUUGUCAGAGUGAAAGUUGUCAUUAUAAACCAUUUAAAAAUGACUCUAUCAAAGGAGUGAUCUUAGUCGGCUAUGAAAGGAGGCAUUUCAAAUAUUUUCAAAGUGGUGAUAGCUGUCCUUUAUGAAAUUAUUACCAUCAGACUGAUCAGUUAAUUAAUUAAUCAGAACACAUACAAGCCCAGAGAGAAAUCAUUUCCAUUAAGCUCUGUUCAAUAUUUAAAACUGCGAGUAGGGGAUGAAUGUCAGAGUAUUUUGCUGCAAAAAUCCUUUCAUUUAAAAUGAGGUUCAGAUUUAUCAGGAUCAACCUCACAGGAGUUUAAAAGUCCAUUUUGGAGCGUGGGAGGUCUGCUGGUGAAAAGAUAAUCAAUAGUAAUAAACCAAAGAAAUUCUUGUUCGGCUAAAACCCUGAAAUUUUCAACCAAAAAUCGACUAAUUGGGGGGGGUGUUUUUCCGACUCUGCCGGCAAACCCUUCUGCGGCGUGGGCUGCGCGGCUCGGCGGGGUUGAAAAUAUACUGAUAUCAGCACAAAAAGGCAGUUGAACACAAAUAUAAAUAUUUAACAAACCACCAGACGUUGAUUAACGUUGAUGCUCUUCAAGUUUCCUGUCUCCAGCUGGUCUCCAGUGGGUUGGGCGAAUCCAAAGUGGUGAAAACUAGGGGGGUGUUCUGAGACAGGUUGUUACCUGUAAAACGGAGGUGCUCUGAAAACACCCCCAUGAGCACUUGGUACGUUCCUCCUGAUGAAAUUAACCAUAGAAUGUAAAUUGACAAGGAGAAAAAAAUCGAGUCGACCAAUGAGAAUUUUGGUCGACUCAGCACAUAUGGACCAAUAAGUCGACCAGUGGACUAGGACUUUACAGCCCUAAUAAUUAAACACUCAUAACGAUGUAGUUAUGGUGCAGAAUCUUAUCUUGGGAGUGAGUCAUGUUGCACUACUACUUUUAAAGAGAAGCCACAUCUGAAGACUCUGGCAUUGUUUAAUUUUUUUACCAGUUUAAAGGCCGGAGUCUCCCGUAUGGUUGGAAGGGGGUGGUGUUAGCGGUGCUGCACGCCAUCUAAACUUCAAAUAAGUCACAUUUAAUUCCCUAAAGAGUUGAAAUCAAAAGAUUUAGCUGAUAAGACCGGUACCAUUCAGUCACUCAUCUUUCUCUAAAGUGUGACAGUUUUUCUUCUAUUUAUUUAUGGAUCAUCUGGAUCAACAAACGGAACUUUACUCAUGCUGCCGUUCUUUUAAAAUAACUACACUUAUUAUUUGCAAAGGAGUUAAAGUCUACGCUUAUUAAAUGAAAGGUGUAAAUUGUAAAAAAAAAAAGCUUAAUUUGCUCGUUUCAUGAAGAGUAAUGUUUGCGUUGAUUUGGUUGCAUUGCUCUUGAAGAGUGAACUCGUAUAUUUGGAUAAAAGUUCACAGCGGACAACCUGCGAUUUUAGACUCAGUGUUACUUUACAUUACCGGGGGAAAUGCAGAAACCCACUCAGGAAAAAGGCACCCACGCUGACGCAGUGAAAAUGAGCCACUCUGGUUGAAAAAGAGGUCGAGCUGCUGCGUUAAAAAUUAAUUGAUGUCUUAUUUUUCCCUCUUUCAGCCCGAUGGAAGGAAGCAGGAGUGCGUCUUUGUCGAGGAAUUCCUGGAGAACAACUACACGGCUCUCGUGUCGGCCAAGUACAAAGGCUGGUACCUCGGCUUCAACAGGAAGGGUCGGCCCAAGAAAGGCUCGCGGACCACGCAGAGGCAACAGGAAGUCCACUUCAUGAAACGCCAGCCCAAGGGCAGGAUGGACCCGCUGGAGGAGUUUCGUUUCACCACAGUAACAAAGCGGACACGAAGGGCUCGGCGGUUAAAACCCAACUCCAAGAGGAACUGA